AGUCAGGAGUGGUAGUAGUGUGGUAUCGUCAUUCAUUAAAAUAUGCUUGACUCACUGCCUAGUGCGUGAAAGCGAACCUUGUUAUCACUUUCCUUGAAUGUGCACAUAAAACUAGACGAAGCUAGAGUGUGUAAGCAGAUAUGUUAACCGAACUAUUUAAGUUACACUUACCAAGAUUGCGGAUACAUCCGGAGUUCCAAGAAUGACGAUAUGCGCAUCCUAUAUUUCAGUGCUAACCACCGUCAAUCAAAUUGAUACCUAGUCUUUCGUGUCUUUCUCGCCUGCUGGAUUUUUUCACAGUGAUUUCACUUUGAAUUGAGACAUUCAACACAGUUUCAUCAUCGUUGUCUAAUUUAUGUGCGUUAACCGUGAUGAUGGAUUUUAUUAUUUCGUUCGGCUACUAAUAAUUUUAAGUGGUAAGUUUAAGUACUACUUGUGUGGUAGGUAACCAGUUAGUGUUUUUGGAGAAAAUAUUAUGCUAAAUUUCGCAUGUUCAUACAUUUUUUAAAUCUCCCUGGUUUUCAGACAGCUCAAAGCUGGCAUCAAGAUGCAGCUCUCUUGGCUCGCCUCAUUAAAGAGCAUAAAGGAGAUAUCGUCAUAUAUACCGGUGCUGGAAUCAGCACAUCUGCUAGUAUUCCUGAUUACAGGGGAACGAAUGGUUUAUGGACUACGCAAACCAGUCUAGUGACCAAUAAUAAUAGUUCAGUUCUUGAUUUCAAAAGAAAUGAUGAAGCAGGAUGUGAUCAGAUGACCAAAAGACAGGUAUAAUGCAGGAUUCCUGACCGCUCAUCUUUGUGGUAGGGUAAAAUAUCCAAUGGUAAACCAUCCCUUAAGUCCUCAAAGUCAAGAAAAUCUACCCCGCUAAAACUGAGACUUCCAGAAGCUACAACUGCAAAACCAACAUUCACUCAUAUGGCUAUCAAAGUUCUUGUGGAUGAAGGAUAUGUUCGACAUGUAGUUUCUCAAAAUGUUGAUGGUUUACAUAUGCGAAGUGGUUUAAAACGUGAGAAACUGUCAGAACUGCAUGGCAAUUUAUUUAUUGAACAAUGUAUCGCUUGUUCACACAGUGUCUUCCGGAGCUUUGAUGUCGCUGAGACUACUUCCCGUUCACACCACUUUACUGGACGUAUAUGUCCUCGCUGCCGCAGUUUACACCCUUUCGAGAGUUCAAUCGCCAGUAAUGUACUACGACAAACAGCCGAACAGUUCGCAACGUCAAAGUACAAAACAAAUGUGUCUAUUGAAAACUUAAUGUUAAGUUAUCGGCAUGCUGCAAGAAAGCUAGCCAAGUCAUUUGAAAGUGUACGUUGUAAAGCGAUGCAGCAACAUUUAAAUAGUGCACAAAAUUCAUCUGUUGUAAGUAAUUCUGAAAUUCUCACAAAUGCACCUUUGUUAAGAGAUGUUGUUGUACAUUUUUUUGAACGUCAACCGGAAAUGGGACUAGCGGAAAUUUAUCGCAUUCAAUCAGCUAUAGAAGCUGUACAUGGUCGUAAAUCACUGAAAGAUGCUGUAACGUCUACUUCAAAAGACUGUAAACUGCUGAAUCGUGGUUGCAAACGUCCUAAUGAUGAGUCAAUAAAAUAUCUUAUAGGAUCUCCAUGGUUUAAAAGAAUGCGUCCUGCAAUGAAGACAGAAUGUGAAGGCGUUUCUAAAUCCACAGGUGCAGAUGAUACACCGUCUCGGUCCUCUGAUCCGUUGGAAACACCCGCCAAAUUGAUAAUUGUCAUUGGUUCAUCUCUGACUGUUUUACGAAAUUAUUCAUUUUUGUGGCCUUACGGUCUCGGUCGAUGUGAUCAGAAGGGAUUGUGUAAGAAACUUCAAAAGAAACCAGCACCUUCCGAUCAAGAAGCAGAAUCGACUCCAAUUGCGAAUGCUAUUGAAAAUUGUCGCCUGGUUAUUAUUAAUUUACAGCCUACUUGUAAAGACGGGGUCGCUGACUUAGUUCUUCGUGUUCCUUGUGAUGAGUUAUUUCGUGCUGUUAUGUUAGACCACUUGGAAUUAGAUGUUCCUCAAUAUGAUUCCAAAACUGACCCUCUGUAUUCUAUUGCUGUAUCUUUAUCUCCAGAAGAGGAGUGUACCCGUACUCGUCCAGACAUUUCUUUUAAUUCCAUAUGAUGUCUCAUUUUUAAAACAAAGAAGUUUUAUUUUGAUAUCACACACACACACACACACACAAUAUUCUCACAAGAUUUCGGUGGUUUUGAUUGUACAUUUCUAAACCCGUCUUUAUAAUUUGCAGUUUAUACUUCAUUUAAUACGAAGCGGCGUUCAACAUCUCUGUAAAUGAUGAAUUGCAUUUAUAAUAAUAGUAGUUUUUUUU